AUGGUGGAUGCGAACCAGCGAGUGCUCGUGGCGGCGGGCGGCGAACUGGGUGUGGUUCGCCUUGUUGACUUCCACUCCCGCCGCCCCUUCAAGGUGUGCAAGCCGUGCCACAUGCAUUGCAAGCUGGCAGGACGUGAGUGGCAUCGAGGGCACCACGGUGGUGACGGCGGGGGAAGACGGCAGAGUGGCUGUGUGGGACCUCACAGGUGUGUGUGGGACCUCACAGGUGUGUGUGGGACCUCACAGGUGUGUGUGGGACCUCACAGGUGUGUGUGGGACCUCACAGGUGUGUGUGGGACCUCACAGGUGUGUGUGGGACCUCACAGGUGUGUGUGGGACCUCACAGGUGUGUGUGGGACCUCACAGGUGUGUGUGGGACCUCACAGGUGUGUGUGGGACCUCACAGGUGUGUGUGGGACCUCACAGGUGUGUGUGGGACCUCACAGGUGUGUGUGGGACCUCACAGGUGUGUGUGGGACCUCACAGGUGUGUGUGGGACCUCACAGGUGUGUGUGGGACCUCACAGGUGUGUGUGGGACCUCACAGGUGUGUGUGGGACCUCACAGGUGUGUGUGGGACCUCACAGGUGUGUGUGGGACCUCACAGGUGUGUGUGGGACCUCACAGGUGUGUGUGGGACCUCACAGGUGUGUGUGGGACCUCACAGGUGUGUGUGGGACCUCACAGGUGUGUGUGGGACCUCACAGGUGUGUGUGGGACCUCACAGGUGUGUGUGGGACCUCACAGGUGUGUGUGGGACCUCACAGGUGUGUGUGGGACCUCACAGGUGUGUGUGGGACCUCACAGGUGUGUGUGGGACCUCACAGGUGUGUGUGGGACCUCACAGGUGUGUGUGGGACCUCACAGGUGUGUGUGGGACCUCACAGGUGUGUGUGGGACCUCACAGGUGUGUGUGGGACCUCACAGGUGUGUGUGGGACCUCACAGGUGUGUGUGGGACCUCACAGGUGUGUGUGGGACCUCACAGGUGUGUGUGGGACCUCACAGGUGUGUGUGGGACCUCACAGGUGUGUGUGGGACCUCACAGGUGUGUGUGGGACCUCACAGGUGUGUGUGGGACCUCACAGGUGUGUGUGGGACCUCACAGGUGUGUGUGGGACCUCACAGGUGUGUGUGGGACCUCACAGGUGUGUGUGGGACCUCACAGGUGUGUGUGGGACCUCACAGGUGUGUGUGGGACCUCACAGGUGUGUGUGGGACCUCACAGGUGUGUGUGGGACCUCACAGGUGUGUGUGGGACCUCACAGGUGUGUGUGGGACCUCACAGGUGUGUGUGGGACCUCACAGGUGUGUGUGGGACCUUCAAGGUGUGUGUGGGACCUUCAAGGUGUGUGUGGGACCUUCAAGGUGUGUGUGGGACCUUCAAGGUGUGUGUGGGACCUGAGAGGUGUGUGUGGGACCUGAGAGGUGUGUGUGGGACCGUCAAGGUGUGUGUGGGACCUUCAAGUGCUCAUAUGAUGUUUGCUGUUCUCGUCCUCACUCAUGCACACGGUGUGCGGGGCGGGGCGGGGCAGAGCAAAGGCAUCUCAUGCGUGAGGCAGCGGAGUGGACGAGAAGGCCUGCCGACUUUCCCACCAAGCAAGUCAUCCUGCCGGUCAGUGCUUGCUGCAAGUCAUCCUGCCGUGCUGCUGCUGCGCUUAUACAGCGGCAGUGCAUGUCACUUCCGUGCAUUGCGAGGGCCCCCAUUUAUGCAAGUUGAUGGUUGUUCACAAGGCACCCGCCUUGCCAUCAUGCGUGCUCAGGACAGGCACGUGCACGUGUGUGUCGUGUGUGCUGCGCUGCAGUGCACGACAGGCGCAGUGCUGCUGUGGCGGUGGACCUUCAUGCCCGGGGUCGACAUCAAGGAGGUGCGUAGGGGGCACCACGCAACGCCUCUGCUGCUCACUGUGCUGCUCACUGUGCUGCUCACUGUGCUGCUCACUGUGCUGCUCACUGUGCUGCUCACUGUGCUGUUCACUGUGCUGUUCACUGUGCUGUUCACUGUGCUGUUCACUGUGCUGCUCACUGUGCUGCUCACUGUGCUGCUCACUGUGCUGCUCACUGUGCUGCUCACUGUGCUGCUCGCUGUGCUGCUCGCUGUGCUGCUCGCUGUGCUGCUCGCUGUGCUGCUCGCUGUGCUGCUCGCUGUGCUGCUCGCUGUGCUGCUCGCUGUGCUGCUCGCUGUGCUGCUCGCUGUGCUGCUCGCUGUGCUGCUCGCUGUGCUGCUCGCUGUGCUGCUCACUGUGCUGCUCGCAUGGUCAUCACGAAUUGUUCGCACCCUCUCCUCCACGCCCCCUGCGCUUCGCCAUGACGGCCGCACGGUCGUGGUAGGCACCAUCGUGGUAGGCACCAUCGUGGUAGGCACCAUCGUGGUAGGCACCAUCGUGGUAGGCACCAUCGUGGUAGGCACCAUCGUGGUAGGCACCAUCGUGGUAGGCACCAUCGUGGUAGGCACCAUCGUGGUAGGCACCAUCGUGGUAGGCACCAUCGUGGUAGGCACCAUCGUGGUAGGCACCAUCGUGGUAGGCACCAUCGUGGUAGGCACCAUCGUGGUAGGCACCAUCGUGGUAGGCACCAUCGUGGUAGGCACCAUCGUGGUAGGCACCAUCGUGGUAGGCACCAUCGUGGUAGGCACCAUCGUGGUAGGCACCAUCGUGGUAGGCACCAUCGUGGUAGGCACCAUCGUGGUAGGCACCAUCGUGGUAGGCACCAUCGUGGUAGGCACCAUCGUGGUAGGCACCAUCGUGGUAGGCACCAUCGUGGUAGGCACCAUCGUGGUAGGCACCAUCGUGGUAGGCACCAUCGUGGUAGGCACCAUCGUGGUAGGCACCAUCGUUGUAGGCACCAUCGUGGUAGGCACCAUCGUGGUAGGCACCAUCGUGGUAGGCACCAUCGUGGUAGGCACCAUCGUGGUAGGCACCAUCGUGGUAGGCACCAUCGUGGUAGGCACCAUCGUGGUAGGCACCAUCGUGGUAGGCACCAUCGUGGUAGGCACCAUCGUGGUAGGCACCAUCGUGGUAGGCACCAUCGUGGUAGGCACCAUCGUGGUAGGCACCAUCGUGGUAGGCACCAUCGUGGUAGGCACCAUCGUGGUAGGCACCCUCGUGGUAGGCACCAUCGUGGUAGGCACCAUUGUGGUAGGCACCCUCGUGGUAGGCACCCCUGUGCUGAGCUUCUCACUCAUGCUGCCAACACCUGCAUGCCUUGUCCUCCCCUGUCGACACCUGCAUGCCUUGUCCUCCCCUGUCGACACCUGCAUGCCUUGUCUUCCCCUGUCGACACCUGCAUGCCUUGUCUUCCCCUGUCGAGCCUUACUCAGCACCAUGACCAUUCCCUGCCGUCACUGUUCUGCACUGGGUGGGCACAAUGAGCCUGCCAGGGCACAUGGUGCAUCUGCCAGGGCACAUGGUGCAUCUGUCUCACCAUACAGCGAGGAUGAGUUGUGA